GCGGGCCGGGCAGGGCGGUGCCUGGGCGACGCGGGCGCAGUGCGCGGAGCGGAGCGCAGCAGCAGCCAUGCCGGUGGACUUGGGGCUGUGGAGCGGGCCGCUGAGCCUCACCGAGGUGGAACAGAAGCCGGCGCACCCGCUGCGAGUCAAGUAUGGCUCCGUGGAGAUAGACGAGCUGGGCAAAGUGCUUACACCCACUCAGGUCCAGCAUCGCCCCACCAGCAUCGAGUGGGAUGGCUGUGAUCCCCACAAGCUUUACACCCUGGUUCUUACAGACCCAGAUGCUCCCAGUAGGAAGGACCCAAAGUUCAGGGAAUGGCAUCACUUCCUGGUGACCAACAUGAAAGGCAACGAUGUGGGGAGUGGGACUGUGCUGUCAGAUUAUGUCGGCUCUGGACCUCCCAAGGGAACAGGGCUGCACCGCUACGUGUGGCUGGUGUAUGAGCAGCCGAAGCAGCUGAGCUGCAAUGAGCCCGUCCUCUCUAACCGCUCUGGUGACAAGCGAGGGAAGUUCAAGGUGGCGUCUUUCCGCAGCAAGUAUGAGCUAGGGGUGCCGGUGGCUGGCACUUGCUACCAGGCAGAGUGGGAUGACUACGUGCCGAAGCUCUACGAGCAGCUGUCGGGGAAGUAGGGUGAGGGGACCUGAAGAAGCACUGUGCAGCACCCCCUGCGCCCCUGGAGACCAGGCGGUCAGAGCACGUCGCUGUAGUUUUGAUUAGUGAGUUGAACCCAACUGCUCCUGCACUGACUGCUGGAACCGUAACCCUGUCACUGUCCCCGGCCUGAACCUGCUUCCAUGUCAGUGUGCUCCAGCUGACCCCCUGUAGGCGUGUGCAAGCUAGAUGAGCUGCUGAGGAGGUGUCCCCAUGAGGGCCACCCCCUCCAGGCUGACCUGCAUAAGGGAAACCAAAACCUUUGUGAAUUUGUGUCACUUCAGAGCGUCUCUGCUGUGCUGAAACGGUGUUAUAUGGUGUGGGUACAGAACCACUCUGGGUUGGUGCUGGCUGUGUAGUGUCCCCUCUCCAGGAGGGAGAAUGGCAGUCUAAGGGAAACUUUUUUUUUUUUUUUAAAUUUUGUUUUUACCCUCAAGUAUUUGGCCAGUGCCUCCACUUCACUGAAGUGAACCACUACAGUAGUGAAGGGAUAGCUGGUCAGAGGUGGCAGGGAACCUGGUUUAUAGCAUGACCUCCUAUUCUGUGUCUGCUCAAAGCUGAGAAACCACUUCAUUUCGUUCGAGUUCCAUUGUGACCUGAUGUUAAUUUGCUGUUUGCUCACAGUGCAAUUAAAAACUUAACUGCG